UACCCUUAUAAUAUUAUAUAAAUACGUACACGUACACCCACCCACACAUACAGCAUAUACACGAAUACACGCGUAUACAUAUUUUGUAAGUAAUUUAGAAAACGUUGUAUUAUCUUUGUUGAACGUUUAAUAGAUAUUCUUUAUGGCAUCACAAUUUCAAUGGAAUUUGGUUCCGAGCGGGCGCGCACGCCUGCGCAUGCGCACUCUAAUUAUAUCGCGAUAUAUCGAUCUUUGUCGAUCUGUUGCGUGCGAAACAGACGCGACGUUGUCGAGCGAGCGCUCGAAUCUCUAGAAAUCGAAACGAUGGGUCAGUCGAGUGAACUUGACUCUGUAGAUCCGUGACGUUUUAAACUAUUCCCUUCUUUCCUUUCCUUUUCCGGACCAAAUCGAACGAACGUUCUUCGUUGACAAAUCGUUGGUAGACUUAAACUGCGAAAUAGAGAAAAUGCGGGAAAUCGUACACGUGCAAAUCGGCCAAUGUGGGAACAACGUCGGGGCGAAGUUUUGGGAGGUAAUAUCGGACGAGCACGGUCUGAACAUGGACGGAAUGUUUCAAGGGGAUUCCGAGCUCCAGCUGCAACGGAUGAACGUAUAUUUUGUGGAAGGUCCAGGUGGUAGAUUCGUUCCGAGAGCUAUUCCGGUCGAUCUCGAUCCAGGAAGCUUGGACUCGGUGAUGUCCGGACCAUGCGGAAAACUGUUCAAGCCGGACAACUUUGCGACGGGUCAGGCUGGCGCGGCGAAUAAUUGGGCGAAGGGUUACUACACCGAAGGCGCCGAAUUAGCCGACAUUGCGUUGGAUCUGAUUCGCACGGAAGCCGAGGCUUGCGAUUUGAUGCAAGGUAUUCAAAUAGUCCAUUCGCUGGGCGGCGGAACUGGCGGUGGAAUGACCGCGUUGCUAAUGACCAAGCUAAAGGAGGAAUAUCCGGAGAGAAUACUCAAGACUUACAGCGUGAUACCGUCUCCGGUGAUGUCGGACGUGGUGGUAGAACCGUACAACGCGAUCCUCACACUCGGCAAAUUGAUCGAGUACACCGAUCAAACGUUCUGCAUCGACAAUCGAGCGUUGCAUCAUAUUUGCAUGCGCGUCUUAAAGAUCAUCACGCCGACGUUCAGCGACGUGAAUCACUUGGUAUCCAGUUACAUGUCAGGAAUCACGGCUUGCUUCAGAUUUCCCGGCCAAUUAAAUACCGACCUGAGAAAAUUACUGAUCAACCUAGUGCCCUUCCCGAGACUCCACUUUUUCGUUCCCGCAUAUGCGCCCCUCCUCUCCCGAAGCGCCGCCCCGUACACGGUGCUCUCGGUACCGGAAUUGACGCAGCAGUUGUUUAACGCGAACAGCAUGUUCGUCUGCUGCGACCCGAGACAGGCCAAAUUCCUCACGGUGGCUGCCAUCUUCAGAGGCAGAAUGUCGACCAAGCUCGUCGAUGAGCAAAUGUUGAAUAUACGAAACAGAAACAGUCCGUAUUUCAUCGAGUGGAUACCGAACAACGUUCAAACUGCGAUGUGCGACAUCGCUCCGCGAGGACUCGCUAUGAACGCCAGCAUGGUAUCAAACACGACGGCGAUACAGGAACCGUUCAAAAGGUUGAUGGACGCGUUCGACGGUAUGAUGAAGAAACGGGCGUAUUUGCAUUGGUACACGGCCGAAGGGAUGGACGAGAGCGAAUUUUCUGAUUCCCGAUCGACGAUGUACGAUCUCGUCUCGGAGUAUCAACGGCAACAAGAAGCGACGGCGGAAACCAGCUUCAAUAAGGAGAGAGAGGAAGAUAGAGAAAGAGAGAAGGAAAGAAGGAGAAGGAGGAGGAGGAGGAGGAGGGAAUAUGUUCGUUUAGUAUUGACUCGUAAAAAGAAAAGUUUCGAAAAGGACGGAAGAAUUCGACGAAUGGGUCGACUGCAGAGAAACUCCGAAGGAAACAAAGGAAAGAGAAUAUCGAAGAUCGGUGUACGUACAUCCGGCGAACUAGCGAAGGUGAUACAGGGUGAUCUUCUCGUUAAGAUUUUUAAAAAAAGAAGCCGCAGAUGGGACAUUCUUCCGACAUCGAAGGUAUCGUUCGUACCAUAUACUUGUGAUUCGCUCGCAAUCUUAUUUUCAGUUCAAACAUAUGCGCACGGGCCAACGACGGCUUAUCCUUUUGGAGUCUCCAGCGAGAGAAUCACCUUGUAGUAAA